UUUGGCUCCCAGCAGCAUUGCCAUCAUGGGGAAAGACUAUUACAAGAUUUUGGGCAUCCAGUCCAGUGCCAAUGAGGAUGAAAUCAAGAAAGCCUACCGGAAAAUGGCCCUAAAGUAUCACCCUGAUAAGAAUAAAGACCCCAAUGCCGAGGAGAAGUUCAAGGAGAUCGCGGAGGCUUACGACGUCCUGAGUGACCCCAAGAAACGAGCUGUUUAUGACCAGUAUGGGGAGGAAGGUCUCAAAACUGGAGGUGGCUCUUCAGGUGGCUCAGGGAACACUUUCCACUACACCUUCCACGGAGACCCUCAUGCCACCUUCGUGUCCUUCUUUGGAGACUCCAACCCUUUUGAUAUCUUCUUCGCUAGCAGCCGCUCCCGGGUAUUCAAUGGCUUUGACCAGGAAGAUAUGGAUAUUGAUGACAAUGAUGACCCUUUCAGUGCCUUUGGCUGGUUUGGCUUCAAUGGCAUUAACGGUGUUCACCGGCAGCACCAGGAGUCCCUGCACACGCGGAGAAAGGUCCAAGACCCACCCGUCAUCCAUGAGCUCAAGGUGUCCCUGGAAGAGACCUACCACGGCUCCACCAAGAAGAUGAAGAUCACCCGCAGAAGGCUCAAUGCUGAUGGCCAGACCAUGCGGACUGAGGGCAAGAUCCUAAACAUUGUCAUCAAACAGGGUUGGAAGGAGGGAACCAAAAUCACAUUCCCCAAAGAAGGGGAUGCCACCCCAGACAACAUCCCUGCUGACAUAAUCUUCAUCCUCAAGGACAAGCCUCACUCGCACUUCAAGAGGGACGGGACGAAUGCGGUCUACACCGCAAACAUCAGUCUUAAAGAGGCCUUAUGCGGCUGCACCGUGAACAUUCCCACCAUCGACGGGCAGGUGAUCCCGCUGCCCUGCAAUGACAUCAUCAAGCCAGGGACAGUGAAGAGACUACGCGGGGAGGGCCUGCCCUUCCCCAAGGCCCCCAGCCAGCGAGGAGACUUGAUCGUGGAGUUCAAAAUCCGCUUCCCGGACAGAAUAGCUCCCCAGACCAGACAGAUCCUCAAGCAGCACCUCCCAUGCGCCUAGAGCCCAGGGACUCUCCUCCAAGCAGCAAUACUCCAAAUGCAUGUGCCGCAGCAUCUGGCCUGCAUGGAGCAGAAGUGCUAGAGCGCUUUCAAAUGCAAACACACACCCACCGCCCCCACACACACCACUUUCCCAAAAUUCCCAUCCAACCCACCCCCCACCCAUCCCUCUUGGCCUGUUUUCUACUCUGGCAGUGGGGAGGCUCCUGCCCUGCCCGUCACUGCUCUCUUGGUUGCCAAACUUUUUAUUUUUCCCUAGAGGUCCAGCUUUUCUGCCUUGUACAAGCAAGCAGCAUGGGCCCUUUGCCCAGGGAGGUGCAUCACGUUCUGAGUUUUUAUGAUGUCACCUGCUUUUCAGGCCACUUUUCCCACAAGAGGCUGGACUUGAUGGGGUUCAGCACAGCGUAAAUAGGACUCCGCAGGAUCUCACAUCCCCACUGUUAGAUUUCUCCUCCCCUCCUUGAUACUUGCUGCUAUUCGGGGUCCCAGCUGUACUGCAGCGCUGAGGAGACUGUCUCACACACAUAGAGCAGAGGGAUCGCUCCUGCCCACGAUGGACCCUCUGGAGCCAGACUGUUUCUAACUUGGGACCACGGUACCGAGCCCAACCACGGUCUGCUCUCCUGUGCCAAGCCUACAACCGAGCCUCAGCUGUGCCAAACGAUGGAGUGCAAAGCACUUGGGGACAGUCCUGUCCAGCCUCCUGCCCCUGCCCAGGGCUGGGGCUGUCCCUGGUGCCUGUGGGCAGCUGGGCAGCACCUGCCUGCACCCGCUGCAUGCAGAGCCCCAGCCAGCAGGAGGAGGGGGGAAAGCCCAGGGUGGAGCUUUCUUGUUCAGAUGUGUUGAAGUUGCAUUGCUUUUUUU